CCUGGUGCAUCCAUGAUCGUCCGUCAGUCACAACAGCCUUGUUUAUGUACGCUGCAGGAAUCUAAUUUUCUCAAUUUCCGCCCCGCAUAAUCACGUUUCCCCGUCUUUUCCGCCAAAUUCUGCAGCUUGAAGUACCUUAGAGAAUGGGAGACACGAGUGACCUGGACCGGCAGAUCGAGCAACUCAAGAAAUGCGAAAUCAUUACGGAAAACGAAGUCAAGGCUCUCUGUUCGAAGGCCCGCGAGAUUCUGGUCGAGGAAAGCAACGUUCAGCGCGUCGACGCCCCGGUCACUGUUUGCGGUGACAUUCACGGCCAGUUCUACGACCUGAAGGAACUCUUCAAGGUCGGCGGUGACGUGCCCCUGACCAACUAUUUGUUCAUGGGAGAUUUUGUGGACCGAGGAUUCUACAGUGUUGAGACGUUUCUUCUCCUCCUAGCUCUUAAAGUAAGGUACCCUGACCGAAUUACUUUGAUUCGUGGAAACCACGAGUCGAGACAAAUCACACAAGUCUAUGGCUUCUACGACGAGUGCUUACGAAAAUACGGAAGCAUCACAGUUUGGCGCUACUGCACAGAAAUAUUUGACUACCUGAGUCUCUCAGCAAUCAUUGAUGGAAAAAUCUUCUGUGUUCAUGGAGGACUGUCUCCUUCAAUCCAGUCACUCGAUCAGAUCCGAACGAUUGACCGAAAACAAGAAGUUCCUCACGACGGACCCAUGUGCGACUUGCUGUGGUCAGACCCUGAAGACACCCAGGGUUGGGGCAUCAGUCCUCGUGGUGCAGGAUACCUCUUUGGCUCUGAUGUUGUCGCCCAGUUCAAUGCCACCAACGACAUCCAGAUGAUUUGUCGAGCCCAUCAACUGGUGAUGGAAGGCUACAAAUGGCAUUUCAACGAGACCGUGCUCACCGUUUGGUCUGCACCAAAUUACUGCUACAGAUGUGGAAAUGUUGCUGCAAUUCUGGAACUCAAUGAAAACCUGCAGAAGAACUUCACCAUUUUCGAAGCCGCGCCGCAAGAGAGUAGAGGCAUCCCGUCAAAGAAACCGCAAGCCGAUUACUUUUUGUGAAGCGUUUCCGAUUCGCCAAAAACAUUGUCAUAAUUUCAUUCGCUGAUGUUCUCAACAGUUAUUUUUUGUGUAUAAUAAUAUAGCAUCAAUAUCACUAGACAUACUAUUCUGACAUGAAAUUAUUUCUCAUUUAGCCGAUGGUGAAAUUCGGUUCAAAUGUGAAUUCAAUCUACUGAAAUUUGCAAACAAAUCAUUUGUAUCCUGACUGACGAAGGCUAAAAACGCAUGGAUCGAUACUUCAUUCAAUUUUUUGAAAAUAAAAGCCAGAAAAUCGUAACUCAACAAAUAA